GCAGGUUCUCGCUCUAUCUCAACAUCUUUCAAACCACAUCCUCUUUUCUCCUCUGCAAUACUUUUCGAAGUCUGAUACAAUAUAUAUCCUUCGAAAACAUGUCCGCAGCGGAAGCAGCAUCUGCCUCCAAAGGCAAGGCGGAGAGACUUCCCAUAACUGUCUCCAAGCCCACGCCCUACACCUUCGACCUGCGACACCUCGUCGCCAACGACCCCAACCCAAUCGAGACCUCCCCCACCGAAUCCCUGGACAGCACCCUGAAAGCGACCGCCCGCGAUGGCACGCAGUCCCUCCUCAACCAGCUCCUAACCACCUGCCCAAUCACCUCCACGCCGCAAGGCGUGCUGCUCACCCUCCCCGCGCCCACAACUAUCCUCCCACGCUUCAAGCCCCUGCCGACGCCCAAGCCGCCCACCAAGUGGGAGCUGUUCGCGCGCAAGAAGGGCAUCGGCAAAUACAACACGCGGCCGGGCGCCGGGAUGGCGGACUCGGAGCGCCGCAAGAAGCUCGUCUACGACCAGGAGAAGGACGAGUGGGUUCCGCGCUGGGGUUACAAGGGGAAGAACAAGUCUGCGGACGAGCAGUGGCUUGUUGAGGUCGAUGAGAAGAACUGGAAGAAGGAGGAGGAUGCUGUUGAGAAGGGGAGCUCGAUCCGGGGGUUGUCUCGGUCGGAGCGUAAGGAUCGCAUACGUCGGAAUGAGCGCAAGAUGAGGAGUAAUGAGCGGAAGACGAGGACGAACUGAGUAGAUCGAUAGAGAAGAAGAUGAAAAGGGGACGGGGAAGGAAAAGUGAUAUUUGCUAGAUUUGGCCGGGUCUUUAUGUGUCUUGUUAUUUGUUUGUUUGUUUGGAACGCUACCUUACCUAGGCUUACUUACCCUUAUGGAGUUUGGAUUGGAGUCGCCGGUCUUAAAUCAAUCAAUCAUGUCGAUGCUGUCUUGUCUGUCUGUCUGUCUGUCUGAAAAGGACUGCUGCUGUUGAG